AUGUCCGCUGAGGUCACCUUUCUCCCUCCUACUGAUCUCUCCUCCCUGUCGAAUCCGGCACCUCCUACCGACUCCCUUCCUCCCAUCGCGGCGCUGAACUCGCCCUCGCUCUCAUUCCUCCCGUACCUGACGGACGAGUCCUGGCUCAACAUCAACACCCUCCUUUCCCAGCCCCCGACUGCCAAUAAUUCCUCUUUGCCGGGAACCCAGGGCGCAAAUCAGGCCCAGAAGCCAGUCCAGAGCCCCCCGCCGUCCCCACCGGCCUCGCAGAUCCGAAAACGACGAAACCACUACUCCAUUCGGCACGCCGCCCCACCCGCACCGAAGGAAGCCCGAGAAGAGGCGGAUCGUCGGAAGCGCGAGAAUUUCCUGGCGCGCAACCGUCGCGCCGCCACCAAAUGCCGCGAGAGGAAGCGCGAAUUCACCAAGAAGCUGCAGGAUCAGUACGAGGAGGUCGCGCGGCGGAAACACGCUCUAGAGUCUGAGUUCGCUCAGCUGCAGGGGGAGGUGCUGGAGUUGAAGAAUGAGUUGCUGCGCCAUUCGCAGUGCGCCGAUCCGGCUAUCCAGAAUCAUCUGGCUGGUAUGGUCAAGAACGUGACGGUCGCGCAGUCGCCCAUCCUGGCCCGAUCGGGUCAUGCGCCGUCGGAGGCAUCUGCCUUUGCCUCCUCGUCUGUGCCAUCGGUCGAUGAAGACGCUGGUAGCAGUGGUGGUAGCAGUACCUUGCCGGUUGCCAGUUACGAAGCGGACCGGACGCGUCGAGACUCGGUGCUGAGCGUCAGUACCGACGCCAGCUUGGACAGUUUCAUCGAUGAAGGGUUAUUCGAGGAGUUGCUGAACUAUGGCGGAGGGUCUGCUUUAUAA